AUGAGUCGAGUCUGUAUUGUUGUUUUGGAGGAGGAGGAAGAUGAUUCUCCCACAUUUGUUUCCAGUAUACCUCAGGAAAAUAUAUGUUUGCGUCCAUUACCUCCCGGAAAUGUGCUGCCACCGUUGGUUCAAGCUAUAUUUAAUGGAGACCCUGAUGAAGUUCGAGCAUUAAUAUUUAAGAAAGAAGAUGUUAAUUUUCAGGAUAAUGAGAAAAGGACCCCUUUACAUGCUGCUGCCUAUCUGGGAGAUGCAGAAAUUAUUGAACUACUUAUUUUAUCUGGAGCUAGAGUUAAUGCCAAAGACAGCAAAUGGUUGACUCCUUUACACAGAGCUGUGGCGUCUUGUAGUGAGGAUGCUGUUCAGGUGUUGCUAAAGCAUUCAGCAGAUGUCAAUGCUCGUGAUAAAAACUGGCAGACGCCCUUACAUAUAGCAGCUGCAAAUAAAGCUGUGAAAUGUGCCGAAGCUUUGGUGCCUCUUCUGAGUAAUGUAAAUGUGUCUGAUCGGGCAGGUAGAACUGCGUUGCACCAUGCAGCCUUCAGUGGACACGUUGAGAUGGUCAGCUUGCUGUUGUCUAGAGGAGCCAAUAUUAAUGCAUUUGACAAGAAGGACAGAAGAGCUAUACACUGGGCAGCAUAUAUGGGUCAUAUUGAAGUUGUUAAAUUACUUGUGGCCCAUGGAGCUGAAGUAACAUGCAAAGACAAGAAAUCAUAUACACCUUUACAUGCUGCAGCAUCUAGUGGGAUGAUCAGUGUAGUCAAAUAUCUUCUCGAUCUUGGAGUUGAUAUGAAUGAACCAAAUGCCUAUGGAAAUACUCCUCUUCAUGUAGCGUGCUACAAUGGACAAGAUGUUGUAGUGAACGAACUCAUAGACUGUGGUGCUAACGUAAAUCAAAUGAAUGAAAAGGGGUUUACACCUUUGCACUUUGCUGCUGCAUCAACGCAUGGAGCGCUGUGUUUGGAACUUUUGGUCUGUAACGGAGCAGAUGUAAAUAUGAAGAGUAAAGAUGGGAAAACACCUUUGCACAUGACGGCGAUCCAUGGUAGAUUUUCAAGAUCUCAAACCAUCAUUCAAAAUGGAGCUGAAAUAGACUGUGAAGAUAAGAAUGGAAAUACUCCUUUGCACAUAGCAGCUAGAUAUGGCCAUGAGCUACUAAUCAACACUCUGAUUACGAGUGGUGCUGACACUGCAAAGCGGGGUAUACAUGGGAUGUUUCCUCUCCAUUUGGCAGCAUUAAGUGGAUUUUCAGACUGCUGCAGAAAGCUCCUUUCAUCAGGUUUUGACAUAGACACACCAGAUGACUUUGGCAGAACUUGUCUUCACGCAGCUGCAGCUGGAGGGAAUUUGGAGUGCCUAAAUCUUCUGCUGAAUACUGGUGCAGACUUCAACAAAAAGGACAGAUUCGGGAGAACUCCACUCCAUUAUGCUGCUGCCAAUUGUAAUUAUCAGUGCCUGUUUGCCCUUGUGGGAUCUGGAGCUAGUGUGAACGACCUUGAUGAGAGGGGUUGUACACCUCUGCACUAUGCAGCCGCAUCAGACACAGAUGGAAAGUGCCUGGAAUACUUGCUAAGAAAUGAUGCCAAUCCAGGGAUCCGAGACAAGCAAGGAUACAAUGCAGUUCAUUAUUCUGCUGCUUACGGUCAUCGCUUGUGUCUUGAAUUGAUUGCGAGUGAAACGCCUCUCGAUGUUCUAAUGGAAACAUCAGGUACUGACAUGCUGAACGAUUCAGACAACAGAGCACCUAUAAGUCCAUUACAUUUAGCUGCCUACCACGGCCACCAUCAAGCUCUGGAAGUGCUGGUACAGUCGCUGCUUGACCUUGAUGUGAGGAAUAACAAUGGAAGGACGCCACUGGAUCUUGCUGCCUUCAAGGGACACGUCGAAUGUGUAGAUGUGCUCAUUAAUCAGGGAGCAUCAAUCUUGGUGAAAGAUUAUGUUGUGAAGAGAACCCCAAUACAUGCAGCAGCUACAAACGGUCACUCUGAAUGUUUGCGACUAUUGAUAGGAAAUGCGGAACCACAGAAUGCAGUGGAUAUUCAAGAUGGAAAUGGACAGACUCCUUUGAUGUUGUCCGUUCUCAAUGGGCACACGGACUGUGUUUAUUCACUUCUUAACAAAGGAGCAAACGUUGAUGCCAAAGAUAAGUGGGGAAGGACAGCAUUACACAGAGGGGCAGUCACUGGGCAUGAGGAAUGUGUGGAAGCACUACUUCAACAUGGUGCUAAGUCCUUAUUAAGAGACUGUAGGGGGCGAACCCCUAUACAUUUGUCAGCUGCUUGUGGACAUAUAGGUGUUCUAGGAGCUCUGUUGCAGUCAGCUACAUCUGUGGAUGCAGUACCUACAAUAGCAGACAAUCAUGGCUAUACAUCGCUGCACUGGGCCUGUUAUAAUGGUCACGACAGCUGUGUAGAACUCCUCCUGGAACAAGAAGUUUUCCAGAAAAUGGAAGGGAACGCUUUCAGUCCAUUGCAUUGUGCUGUGAUAAAUGACAAUGAAGGUGCUGCAGAAAUGUUAAUUGAUACAUUAGGUGCUGGUAUUGUAAAUUCAACAGAUUCAAAGGGAAGGACUCCUCUUCAUGCAGCAGCUUUUACAGAUCACGUUGAGUGUCUACAGCUUCUACUCAGUCACAAUGCUCAAGUAAAUGCUGUAGAUGCUUCUGGGAAAACACCUUUAAUGAUGGCUGCAGAAAAUGGACAGACAAAUACUGUUGAGGUGCUGGUUAGCAGUGCUAAGGCUGAUCUGACUUUGCAAGAUAGUUGUAAGAACACAGCACUCCAUUUGGCUUGCAGCAAGGGUCAUGAAACUAGUGCCUUGUUAAUACUGGAGAAGAUUACGGACAGAAACCUCAUCAAUGCCACCAACGCAGCCUUGCAAACACCUCUGCAUGUUGCUGCUCGAAAUGGACUAACAGUCGUAGUUCAAGAACUCCUAGGAAAGGGAGCAAGUGUACUUGCUGUGGAUGAGAAUGGUUACACACCAGCUCUGGCCUGUGCACCCAACAAGGAUGUGGCCGAUUGCCUCGCUCUCAUCCUGGCCACGAUGAUGCCCGUUUCAUCAAGCAGCACGUUACCUUCCCUGACAUUCAAUGCCAUUAAUCAUUACACCAACACCUCUAAAACUGUCACCUUCGAUUCCUUGCCAAUCAUGAGGAGUGAUCAUAGCUCUUAUUGUACUUUCAACAAUAUUGGCAGGGAGGAUGGCUACCCCUAUACAGAAGAAGACGAACUCAAUGACUCAGAUUCUGAGACCUAUUGAACUCUGCAUUUUGUGGGGCUGGAGAGCAACCUCUGACACUUGGAAGGUCGUCACGUUUGUGCUUUUGAAAAAAGCUGUUGGGAUUUGAAUACAAAGAAGAGGACAGACCUUCGGAGGAUGCUUUUUAUCGUGGUUGCGUAUAACAAAAUCCAUGAGACUCGGGAAGGAUUUUUAAGAGCAUAUUUUGCAGAAGAAGCAGAAAUUCUUGGAUAAAUUCUUGGAACCUGAGGCAAAAAAAAAUUUAAAAAAUCAAUUUAAAGAAUGUCAAAACUGCUCUAUAUAACUGUUCUGCCAUUCUGUGUCUGGUGCCGGGAGUAACUUGUGCAGAGUGGGUGCCCUCCUCGAUGUCAGUGAACACAGCACCGUUGUACAACGCAGAGGGGGCCGGAUUGAACUAUUGUCAAUAGAACAAAAAUCAUUUUGAAGGCAAUAAAAGAGUUUGGUACAGUAGGCAUCGUUUGUGCUGCAAAUUGCCAAAGGACCAAAUAACUUAAAAGGUGGUUUUUUUGUUUUAUUUUGUUUUGUUUUGUUUUUAAUUAAAGACCUUUUUGUGAAAACUGGAAUAGAAUCGCGGAGAAGUCGUUUUAACCAAACCUUAAUUCCUUCUGGGAAAGAAGCUUAAGAUUUGGUUUGAAGUGUUGAUUUUUUGUUGCUGUUUACCAUCUUAAAGCCUUCUGACACCAUUAAAUGUACCGUGAAAGAAAAGCAGGUUUAUUUUUUUUAAAUUUUGUUUUCUUUUUCCUUUUAGACAACAGGAAAAUGGAAUUUGUCAUACUUUUCUAAUACUAAAACUAAACCAGCUAACAAGGUGAAGUCAGGGUGAAAAAUGUACAGUGUAAUAAACAAGGGAAGGGUGGGAGAUGGGGGGGGGAGGGGAAGCGGUCAUUGUUGCACAGGUUUAGACUUCUAAACUUCGGUGGUUUGAAUUGAGAUUAUUAUUAUUUUUAAUUUAAAAUACGUAACUUGGAAACUAUGAAACUGCAUAAAGGGAAUGGAAAUGUCUCCAUAGCCCCGUCGGGAGUGAGAGUUCUUUUUGACGACGUGUCCGCUUCCUUACAUCGACAGAUUUGUACGUAAAGCUCCAAUUGUAAAAUCCCCCACUGCUGGUUUUUGGUUUUGAAUCCUGGAGUUACUGGGGGAGGGGGAGGGGAAUUUCAAAGUAUAUUUCCCUGUUAGAAAGAAGUCCAGUGUCUGGUCUGUGGGAAGAGCUGUGUAUCUUUGUUGUGCUCCGUUUAGAACUGAACAGCAGAAGCAGGUCCCCUAAUGGCGUUUGGCCUCACACGAAGAUUUCUAUUUUUUUUUAUUUAUAACAGACUACUGUGUUUUUUUAAUUGCCCGAAGAACAGAAAACUGACAUAAGCAAGAUGGAGUCUCAUCUGUUCAAUAUGAGUACUUACUUUAUUUGGCUCUGCUUUAACUACAACUGUUACUUUUUGAGUGAACUGGCUGAUGUACGUGCAAGGAAUCCUUGCAUGUCCUGGUGAAGUACCAAUAAAUUACUGCAAACCGAUUCAAAUUUCCUUUUUAUCCUUUUUGUAUUGUGAAACUGGAAAUCUUUAUGAUAUUGUAAAUUAUCAUCUGUUUUUCUGAACAUAAUGUGGAAACACGGGACAAUAUUUUGAUCUAUUUGAUAAUUUUGUGGGUUUUUUUGAAGAAUUAAUGAGCAUGUACAUAGAAAUAGUGACUGCUUGAAUACUGUAUUUACCUGCACUCUUUCAGUACUUCAAGAUUCUUGUAUAUUUUACGGAGUAUAAUAAAACCCAAAUGUGAGUUCUA